AUGGCUUCCAAGGAGAAGACCGAAGCCCAAGUGGCUGAGAAUGUUGCCUCUCAUGCCUCCAAUCCCGCCGACGACACCAGCGCGGCCAUCAGUAAUGAGCAAAAUAUGACCGUUCGCCAGGCCCUGCGCUUUUGGUCCAAGGCCAUCGUCUUCUCUUUCAUCAUCUCGCUCUGUGUCGUCAUGGAAGGAUACGAUACGAGCUUGAUGAACAAGUUCUUCGCCUUCACUCCCUUUCGCAACCGGUUUGGCGACGAGGUCGACGUUGAUGGCAACAAGCUGGUCUCUUCACGAUGGCAGACUAUCAUUCUCAACGGAACUCAGGUUGGUUGCAUCCUUGGUCUUAUCAUCAACGGUUAUAUCACAGAAUGGAUCGGAUACAAGAAAACCAUGAUUGGCAGCAUGGUCUUCAUGAUCGGCGCCAUCUUCAUUCCAUUCUUCUCUACUGGUCUGGAAAUGUUCCUUGUCGGUGGUAUCAUCCAGGGUCUCCCGUGGGGUGUUUUCCAGACACUUGCCAUCUCGUAUGCUGCGGAUCUUUGUCCCAUGCAACUCAGAGGAUACAUGACGUCGUGGAUCAACAUGUGCUGGGUUAUUGGUGGUCUUCUCUCCACUGGUAUCCUCACUGGACUGAUGAAGAACGCAACGCAGUGGGGCUACCGUGUUCCUUUUGCUCUCCAAUGGAUCUGGCCGAUUCCAAUCAUCGUAGCUACCCUCCUUGCACCCGAAUCCCCAUGGUGGCUCGUUAGGCAGGGCCGUAUCGAUGAGGCCAAAGACGCAAUCCGCAAGAUAACCACCCCUACCGAAGGCGUCAAGUUUGAUCUAGAUGCCCACGUUGAGAUGAUGAUUGUCACCGAUCAGUACGAAAAGCAGGUUGGAGCAGGAACCAACUACUGGCAUUUGUUCCGCGGUAGUGACCUUCACCGAACUGAGGUUAGCGCCAUGGCAUUUAUUACGCAAGCUUUAUGUGGCGUUCCCUUCAUGGGGUUUGGAACCCAGUUUAUGCUCGGGGUUGGUCUUAGUCAAGACGAUUCGUUCCAUCUCACCAUUGGUCAGGAUUGCUUGGGUUUAGUUGGUUGCUUCAUCGCCUGGUGGAUCAUGACUCGUUUUGGCCGACGACCCAUUUACCUUGUCGGUCUCACCUCUAUCUUCCUCAUUCUUUUGAUUGUUGGAUUCCUUGGCCUCGCACCGCAGUCGAACAAGAGUGCCGGUCUGGCCGGAGGUAUUCUCAUUAUUCUCAUGAUUUUCUGCUUCCAGCUUUCCCUCGGACCCAUCUGCUAUUCUCUCGCUGCCGAAAUUCCUUCUUCUCGUCUCAGGGUAAAGACCGUCGCUCUUUCCCGCGCAUCCUACAACUCUAUUGUCUUCGUCACCAACACCAUCAUGCCCAAGAUGGUUGGUAAGAAUGACUGGAACUGGGGUGCCAAAGGCGGCUUCUUCUGGGCUGGCAUUGCACUGCUCUUCAUCGUCUGGGGUUACUUCCGUCUUCCUGAGCCCAAGGGCUUCACAUACUCUGAGCUUGAUGUCAUGUUUGAGCACAGGGUUUCGGCUCGCAAGUUCACUCGUGAAGUAGCAGACUCCCUGAAGCCUGCUCUCAGGGACACUGCGAUGCAGUUUGAGAAGCAGAACAACAUUGAGCGAGUAGAGUCGCACGCAUAA